AUGCUCGCUAGUUUCAAAGUACCAGGUUUAUGGAGUGCUGAAGACAUGGAAGAAAUAGUGCGAGAUUUUGGAGUCGUUGUAGUUACACGAUCCGGGUGCGACAUUCGCAAGGAAAUCUAUGAAUCAGAUCUGCUGUAUACGUAUCAGGCGAAAAUUCAUGUUGUGAACGAAUGGAUUGGAAAUGAUGUCAGCUCUACUAAAAUAAGGUAAAA